GAAAUGGACGAAAAGAGGCUGCUGGAUCCAGGGUUGAAGGUUCGUAAAGGCCUCUGGGAUUAUACUCUGAAAAACCAGCAGAUGGAAUGCCUGAGUGACUGAAGAAAAUGGGUGUUAAUGCAUCUAACUAUCCUCAUUCAUGUUCCCCGAGGGUAGGGGCCAGUUCACAAGCCCAACAGACCUUUAUAGGAACAUCAUCCUAUUCUCAGCAAGGCUAUGGUUGUGAAUCAAAAUUGUAUAGCCUUGACCAUGGCCAUGAGAAACCACAAGACAAAAAAAAGAGAACCUCUGGCCUUGCCACUCUCAAGAAGAAGUUUAUUAAGCGUCGAAAAUCCAACAGGUCUGCCGAUCACUCCAAGCAGAUGCGGGAGCUCCUCUCUGGGUGGGAUGUUAGAGAUGUCAAUGCACUAGUGGAGGAAUAUGAGGGAACUUCAGCCUUAAAGGAGCUUUCUCUGCAAGCCAGUUUGGCGAGGCUGGAAGCCCGGACACUGCAGAAAGAUAUGGCCGAUCUUUACGAGUACAAGUAUUGUACUGAUGUAGACUUAAUAUUUCAAGAAACUUGUUUUCCUGUUCAUCGUGCCAUUUUGGCGGCAAGGUGUCCAUUUUUUAAAACACUGCUUUCUUCCUCUCCUGAGUAUGGAGCAGAGAUAAUAAUGGACAUCAAUACAGCUGGUAUAGAUAUGCCCAUGUUUUCUGCUUUGUUACACUACCUUUAUACAGGGGAGUUUGGAAUGGAGGAUUCAAGGUUCCAGAAUGUCGACAUCCUCGUCCAGCUUAGUGAAGAAUUUGGAACGCCAAAUUCCCUUGAUGUAGAUAUGCGUGGACUCUUUGAUUACAUGUGUUACUAUGAUGUUGUCCUUAGUUUUUCUUCAGACUCUGAACUGGUCGAAGCUUUUGGUGGCAAUCAGAACUGCUUAGAUGAGGAGCUCAAAGCUCACAAGGCUAUCAUUUCAGCACGGUCUCCAUUCUUUCGAAAUUUACUACAGAGGAGGAUCCGGACUGGUGAAGAAAUCACAGACCGAACUUUGAGGACUCCCACAAGAAUUAUAUUAGAUGAGUCCAUUAUACCAAAAAAAUAUGCGAAAGUAAUAUUACACUGUAUGUACACCGACGUGGUGGACCUCUCCGUCCUGCACUGCAGCCCCUCUGUAGGGAGCCUCAGUGAAGUCCAGGCUCUCGUCGCAGGAAAGCCAAACAUGACUAGGGCAGAAGAAGCCAUGGAGCUUUACCACAUAGCACUGUUCCUGGAAUUUAACAUGCUUGCACAAGGCUGUGAGGAUAUCAUUGCUGAGAGCAUCUCAUUAGAUACCUUAAUUGCCAUCCUCAAGUGGAGCUCUCAUCCCUAUGGCUCUAAAUGGGUGCACCGGCAAGCUUUACAUUUCCUCUGUGAGGAGUUUGCCCAGGUCAUGACUUCGGAUGUUUUUUAUGAACUCAGCAAAGACCAUCUGCUUACUGCUAUCCAGUCUGACUACCUACAGGCAAGUGAGCAAGAUAUCCUUAAAUAUCUGAUUAAAUGGGGAGAGCAUCAGUUGAUGAAGAGGAUAGCUGACCGAGAGCCAAAUUUACUGAGUGGCACUGCCCAUAGUGUGAACAAAAGAGGUGUGAAAAGGCGAGACCUGGACGUGGAAGAGCUCAGAGAGAUCCUUUCUUCUCUCUUACCUUUUGUGCGAAUUGAACAUAUUUUGCCAAUCAACAGUGAAGUCCUAAGUGAUGCAAUGAAAAGAGGCUUAAUAAGUACUCCUCCAUCAGAUAUGCUUCCUACAACAGAAGGUGGAAAGUCAAAUGCCUGGUUACGACAAAAAAAUGCUGGGAUCUACGUGCGCCCUCGCUUAUUCUCUCCCUAUGUGGAAGAAGCAAAGUCUGUGCUGGACGAAAUGAUGGUGGAGCAAACAGACCUUGUGCGUUUGCGAAUGGUUCGAAUGUCCAACGUGCCGGACACACUUUAUAUGGUCAGUAAUGCCGUACCCCAGUGCUGUCACAUGAUCAGCCACCAGCAGAUCAGCAGUAAUCAGUCAAGCCCUCCUUCAGUGGUUGCCAAUGAAAUUCCAGUCCCCCGGCUGCUCACCAUGAAGGACAUGGUGCGGCGUCUGCAGGAGCUGCGGCACACAGAGCAGGUGCAGAGGGCCUACGCGCUCAACUGCGGGGAAGGCGCCACCGUCAGCUACGAGAUCCAGAUCCGCGUCCUCAGGGAGUUUGGCCUCGCCGAUGCCGCCGCCGAGCUCUUGCAGAAUCCUCACAAGUUCUUUCCUGAUGAACGUUUUGGGGAUGAAAGUCCGCUCUUAACACUGAAACCAUCUGGGCGAUGUCGGGUGAACAGUACCCCUACUGCAGAAACCAUGUUUACAGAUCUGGACUCUUUUGUGGCCUUCCAUCCACCCUUGCCCCCUCCUCCACCUCCUUACCAGCCCCCAGCUACCCCAAUCCAUAACCAGCUCAAAGUGGGUUGGAGACAACGACCUCCCAGUCAGCCUCCGCCACGGUCCUUUUCUUACCCCUGCAAUCAUUCUCUGUUUCACUCCAGAACACCUCCUAAAGCCGUCCCUCCUCCGGUCUAUUUGCCAAGUGUUAAGGCAGCACCUCCCGACUGUACAAACACUGCAGGACUGGGGAGGCAGACGGUCGCAGCAGCCACCGCCGCUGCUGCAUCAGCAGCAAUAACAUCUGAGAAGCAAGUGUGUGCACAGCCUGUGCUGAAUGACCUGAUGCCAGAUAUCGCCAUGGGAGUGUCCACACUGUCACUCAAGGACAGAAGGCUUCCAGAACUUGCAGUCGAUACAGAAUUAAGCCAGUCAGUGUCCGAAGCAGGAACAGGACCUCCCCAGCAUCUGUCCUGUGUCUCCCAAAGGCAUACACACACUUCUCAAAAAAAACACACACUAGAGCGAAAAACAGAUCCUAGAGAAAAACAUCCAGAGUAUCCCGAUUUCUACGACUUGUCGAAUGCGGCCUGCAGACCGUCCACUCCUGCUCCCGGCAGGCCUAGCCCUCCCCCUUCGCAGGGUGGACAUUUGGGUCCCGAUUUGUACAGCCACAGUAAGGCAUCACCAAGUGGCUUAAAGUCUGCCUACCUUCCUAGCCAGACCUCUCCUAAAAAGCAAGAAGAAGUGAGGAGAGAAUAUCCACUUUCCCCUGACGGGCAACUACACAGACAAAAGAAUGAGCCAAUCCACCUCGAUGUUGUCGAACAGCCUCCCCAGCGGUCAGACUUCCCUUCAGUGGCCCCCGAAAAUGCCGGCAGCGGGCCCACCCAUGUUAGGGGACGAACUGCCGUAGAAACUGACUUGACUUUUGGGCUGACUUCUAACAGACCUUCCCAUUCUUCUGCGUGUAGUUCUGAAGCUCCAGAAGACAGAUCCAGUAGGAGACUGGUCGACAGUGAGCCCCUGGGCCAUGGAGCCCAGAGAAACUCAGACUUAGAAAGAGAGGAUUCCAUCAGCAGAGGGAGACGGUCACCAAACAAGCCCGACUUCCUCUACAAAAAGUCUGCCCUCUGAGAGCAUCCUCCGUGUCGUCUGUGCCUGAGAUGUGAGACAUCCCAUCGACAAUGCAACCCAGCAACUUACCAGUUUUAUCGAUGCCAGCUGACAGCUCGGGUUCACAUGAUCUUCUCAUUUUUGUACAUAUGUGUUUAUUAGGCAUAGCAUGCUAAGAGGGUUAUUUUGAAUGCUGCAUCUGUCUAUUUUGUGUUUGAACAAUUGUGUGGGAAGCAUUUUUAAGAGCGAGCAAGCUGGCACUUUUUUUUCUCUUUACAAAUGAUGGAAGUUUUUUUUGCACUUGUACAUUUAUUUUAUCCAUAUUGGUUUUAUAUCACUAUGCUAAACUUUAUUGCCACAUUUAAAGGACUGUAUUUUCAUACUCUUUUGCAUUUUACCUUUCAUCUACCGAUUCCCACGUGCAUUGAAUUGCACACUAAGAUGUAUUUUCUUACGAGAUAGUUCUGUGUUUAUUUUUUAAUUAUAGAAAUUCCAAAGAACAGCACAUCAAAAUCUUCCUCUCUUUUUAGUAAUGGUUUUAGUUGCAGAAAUCGUCCUGCUCAGUCUCCAUCGAACUAAUGUCUGUCUGUGUAUCUUAACGUGUGCAGGGAGCUAGUCUCCAUUCCUCCAGUGGGAGUCCCCUCGGCAUCCUGAGCUUGUCCGGCUCUGGAAGGAGAGUGGAAAAUGAAGAGCCUCCUGUCUCCAGACUACAGCUGU